UUCGUCCCCGAUCGAUUUCCGGUGCCGGUGGCAGGUCAGUUCUACUCCGUCAGUUCUUCGUUUUUACGGGCAUAAUUCUGUUUCGAUUCUCCUGAUUCAACCAUGUCAAUGCUCGAUUCCUUCUUCAACAAGGGCUUCAAAGCUUCCAAAUGCAAAACCUUACUAAAAUUGACGAUUCCGCGAAUAAAACUACUGAGGAACAGAAGAGAACUUCAGAUAAAGCAGAUGCACCGAGACAUUGCCAAGCUUCUUGAGACUGGUCAAGAAGCUACUGCUCGCAUUCGGGUGGAGCAUAUAAUAAGGGAAGAGAAUAUGAUGGCUGCUCAGGAGAUCCUUGAGCUGUUCUGUGAGCUCAUUGCUGUCCGGCUUCCUAUUAUUGAAACACAAAGGGAAUGUCCUCUAGACUUGAAAGAGGCAAUAGCUACCAUCUGUUUUGCAGCACCAAGAUGUGCUGAUCUACCUGAGUUGCUGCAGAUUCAAAUGCUAUUUGCUUCCAAAUAUGGGAAAGAAUUUGUUUCAGCUGCUACUGAGCUGAGGCCAGAAUGUGGUGUUAACCGUCAGGUUAUAGAACUGCUAUCUAUUCGUGCUCCUUCACCUGAAUCAAAAUUGAAGCUUCUUAAAGAAAUUGCUGAAGAACAUGAGUUAGAUUGGGAUCCUGCAGCCUCUGAAACAGAGUUUCUCAUACCACAUGAAGAUUUACUGAAUGGUCCAACACAGUUUGUCAGUGGGUCUAAGUUGCCCCUUCCUGAAGAGAAACACAAAGAAAUAUUUAAGCAUGUUGGUGAUCAAGUCAACAAUGAUGAGCAUGAUUCUGUUUCAGCCUUUGACCCUUUGGAUUUUCCUGAGGUUCCUAAGUCAAUUUUACAGCCCAGUGCAAAUGUUGCAUCAGCUCCAGCAGCCAGCUCACUUGCACCAGUUGUAUCAGACACUGAAAUUGAUCAGGAUCAGGAAUUGUCAAAACACUCAGGAGCUACUGAAAAUAUGUCACAAGUGCCACUUGUGGAGCCUGAGGCAUUGACACAGGAAAGAUCAGUUGUGAACAAAGAGGAAAUAUCUGAUGAUUUACUUGGUCCUAAGGAAAAUAAACAGUUUUUGCCAUUCAUUUCUCUUCCAUCUCUAUCUACUGAAUUGACUCCGGCAAGAAAGAGUAAUUCACCACCUGCUGUUUCAAGGACAAAAAGUGGGGCCAAUAUAGACUUGCAGGAUGUUCUAGCAGCUGCUCACACAGCUGCUGAAACUGCCGAGCGUGCAGCAGCAGAAGCUCGCUCAGCAGCUAGUCUCGCACAGAUCAGAAUUGCUGAACUCACUCAGAAAAAGAAUAACCAGGUCACUAGUGAUAGUAGCUAUGAGAACCCAUUUCAUGCAGAUAUUCCUGAUCAACCAGCUAGUGCAGAGAAGCCAAAUUGUGAUCAUCAGAACUCUUUUGGUAAUCAGGAUGAGGUCUUAUGUUCUGCGGACUCGCAUCAGGUUCAUAAACACCGAGAACCAGAGUUUUCAAGUCUUCCCUCGUUUGAGAAACUCAACUUGGGUUUUGACUCGCCUAUUUCCAUUGAUCAUGCAGUUCACCAGCCACAGCGAUUACCUUCAUUGGAUGAUGGGCCAUAUUUUGCAUACCCAAAUCUGUUUUCAGCACAGAACUCAAACCUUGGAUGUGGUUCUUUUACUGAUAAUUCCCAGCCCCCAAAAACCCAUUAACUCGAAGGCUUCCAUGUCCGCUUCCAUCUUAUUUUUUGGUUUUCCUGUGUGAUUUGAGGCCAAUAUUAGUUUUUAUAAUUGGUUUCCAUCUCUAUUAAUUCUGUAGAGUUAUGAAUUCCCUUUUUUGCCUACUUUUUUUUUUUUCUUUUUCUUUUUGGGUUUUGUUCAAUAAGGAGGUUAUUAGUAUUGCGUGAGUGUAUUAUAGAUGUAAGGCGUUGAGACACUUGGUAGUAUGGCAUGAAGAAUUUUCAAUGAUUCAGCUACGAAGCUUUUGUGAGGUUGAUGAGUGUCUAUGAACCGUGUAAAUAAACCAUGUUUAUAGAA